CAGGAAGGGCGAAGUCAGAUCGCAAUAAUUCUCUGCAUGAAAUAGUGCCGAUCGUGGGCGAUCGUUUGAAGUGCUGGAAAGCCAUCAGUCGCUCGUAGAAUCUACGUUUGUUGUAGCUAGCUCAGUAUCUCCUCUGCUGUUGCUGCCGCUGGUAGUAGAGUACUGCUCACUCGACGCCAUCUUCAGUUUCCACGCUGUUCUGUAACGACCUUGCUGCCCUUUGGAUCGCUGGUUUGAGUUUUGCUGGUGCUAGUGUGCGCAGUACUUCAUGCACGCACCAAGCGUGCACUAACGGUCCUUCUCUUGCCGUUUUGGGCGCUGCGCCGGAACACGACGACGGUGUGGAAGCGCACUGAGGUGAACCGCUGUCAAACCCAGUGUUUGGUGUUUCCUACACUGCUGCUGCAUGGUUUUUUGCCAAAGCAGAAGUAGAAGACAGGAUUUCCUCCAGUCGCUGGCAUUGCGCAGCCCCGUUGCCGCAACCUGGUUUUGACGGAGAUUACUGGAUGGCGGAGCGUGGCUAAGUGUAAACGGUGAAACGUCUUGACGACAAUACCAGUAUUACACUGCUAGUAUUACUAGUACUGUUACCGUAGUAUCGUCAUCAUGCUGAAAUGGUUCAGGCAGAAGCGGCAAGGUCCGCAAAGUCCGACUCGGAGCGAAUCCGUCAGGACACCCAUUCGGCGAGGAGAGAAGAGCUCAUCAGGUAGAGCUAGCUUUCGAGGCCGCUCGGCAACUCGUGGUAAGAACCAUGAGCCAGCGGUGGCCGCCGCUCCGCCGAUGCCGUCGGAGGAUGAGCUGAACGAACAGUUCGACAAAGUUGUGAGUGAGCUGGAUCUGAGUGCAGACAAGAGAGACAUCAUGAUGAGCCUGUCAGCAGAUAAGAAAUGGCAGAUCAUCGUCUCCAAUGACCUGAGCAGGCCCAACGUGGAUGAAGGCCGGAGUGGAGGAGGUUCGGCCGACAACUACCUGGAAGAGUUCCAGAGGCUUGCAUCGAUGCCAUUCACGCAUGACAUCAACGAACUAAGCAAACGGUCAAAGACGGUAAACCACCUGAAGACAGCCUUGAGAACUCAGCCCAACAGCUUCGUCAUGCGCUUCAUUGAGAUCAAGGGCCUGGAGUUGAUCUUGGACUUUCUGGACAAGAUGGACUAUGACUACAGAUCUAGCAUUAUCCACACGGCUGUGGUCGGCUGCAUCAAGGCUAUGAUGAACAACUCACACGGCCGCAGUCAUGUUCUCACUCACCCGCGCAGUAUACGCAUCAUCUCGCAGAGCUUGUCCUGCGACAAUGUGAAGGCGAAAGUAGCCGCUCUGGAAAUUCUCGCUGCUGUCUGCCUUGUGCCCGAUGGACACAAGAAGGUGCUUGUGGGCAUGAGCUACUUUCAGAAGUUUGCGAACGAAAGAACUCGCUUUCAGACCAUUGUCAAUGACCUGGAUCGCUCUAGUAACCAAACAAUGGAGGACGUCAGUUUUCAAACAACGAUCAUGACGUUCAUCAACGCCGUGCUAUCAUACGGUCCAGGGGAGGACAGUCUUGAAUUCCGUGUGCAUCUGCGCUACGAGUUUCUCAUGCUGGGUUUGGAGCCGAUAGUGGAGAAACUGCGCAAGCAAAACAAUGAGCUCGUGAGAAGACAUCUGGAGUUUUUCUCCUCCACCCGUCAACAGGACGAGGAGAUAAUUGCCAACAAAUUCAACCAGGUUCAUAUUGACUCGAGGAGUGCAACAGGUUUGGUGAAAGCUCUGCAAUCCAAGCUGUCUCACACGGCUGCCUAUCCUCACCUGCUGUCCCUUCUCAACCACCUGCUGCUGGUCCCUGAUGACAAGCGAGCACUCCGGUGGCAGCUGCUCUCCAAAUCAGUUCAGCAGAUCACAUUGCAGGAGGAGGAUCAGGAUGAUCGGCCGUACGAUCCCGACGCAGCACCUCUGGUUAUCGACGUCGAGAACAUGAUCAAGCACUUGGCGUCAGAGAAUGAAUUGGUGGAAUUACGUAACACCUUGAAUCGCAAAGCGGAAGCGCUGGAUGAAGCCAAGGCAGAACUAGGCAAGAAGGAGAGGGAAUGUGAAGUUCGACAGCAGGAAAAGGAGGACAUCAAGGCCGCAAUGAACAAGGUCAUGCAGAAGCUGGAGAAGGAGAAUGCCAAUAUCCGCGAGGCAAAACAGCGCGAGAAGGAGCUUCUUGUACAGGUCGAUGAGCUCCGUGCUUCGGGAGGCGGUGGAGAUCAAAAGAGAAUAAUGGCUGUUCUGGAGGAAUCAUUGAAAGGCCUUUCUGACAAUAGUAAAGCUGAAGCACAGAAGCUGCUCGCCGAAAUGAAAUCAGCGCCAGCAGCCGGAGCAGCAACGACCCCCACGGCUGGCGCUCCAGCACCACCACCGCCGCCGCCACCACCGCCACCAGGGGCAGGCCCACCACCUCCUCCUCCACCACCUGGAGGGCCUCCUGGUGGACCUCCUGCGCCUCCGCCGCCACCUGGUGCACCACCGCCACCAGGAAUGCCAGGCUUCGCCGCGCCAAGUCGCUUGCCUGCAAAGAAGAUCCCCAAGGCAUCUGUACAGCUGAAGUCCUUCAAUUGGUCGAAAAUACCAGAUGCAAAAAUUGAGAAGACAAUAUGGAAAGAUUUGAACGAAACCAGGCUGAUCAAGGAGAUAGACCUGAAGGAGGUUGACACAACGUUUGCGGCCUUCCAGAAGGACCGGACUCAAUCUGUAUCACAGUCAUUCAACAGGGGCAAAGAAAAGGAAGUUGUCACGUUGGUUGAGGCUCGACGUGCUCAGAACCUUACCAUUCUCUUGUCCAAGUUGAAGACCAGCUACGAAGAGAUCAAAGUGCUCGUCUUGCAAAUGGACGAAGAGGAAAUUCCACGCGACAUGUUGGAGCAGCUGUUGAAGUACACGCCUCAGAGCGAUGAAAUGGAACUUCUCGAGUCGCACUCCCAUGGCGAGGAGGUUGAGCGCUUCUCCGCCGCAGAUCGGUUCCUGUUUGAAGUCGGCCGCAUUCCCCAUUACCAACAACGUCUUGAGACGCUCUACUACAAGCGCAAGUUCGUGGAUUCCGUGGAUGAGAUUCGGCCAAAGAUCAACGCCCUGGCUUUGGCUUCACAGCAGCUACUGAACAGCAACAAGCUGCGCAAGGUCCUUGAGCUGGUUCUGCUCUUCGGUAACUACAUGAACACAGGAAUUCGAGGCAACGCCUACGGUUUCAAGAUCUCUAGCCUUACCAAGAUGGUUGAUACCAAGUCUGGAGCUGCAGGAACGCGUUUCACGCUGCUCAACUUCACCGUACAGGUCAUCGAGUCCAGGUUUCCAGAACUGAUGGCCAUUGAUGAGGAUUUGAGCUUCAUCAGGGAAGCAUCCCGGUGCAACAUUCCUGAGGUUGAGAAAGACGUUGCCACGCUGCGUACUGGUCUAAACAAUGUCAAAAAUGAGCUGACGUACCAGGCAAACCGUCCCUCGCGUCCGCUGGGAGACCGCUACGUUGAAGUGAUGGGAGAAUUUAUGGAGAUUGCUGGUGGAAUAUUUGCUGAUGUGGAGAAUCAGAUUAAGCACAUGAAAGAUGAGUACCUGAAAGCCGUGGAAAUGUUUGGUGAAGACACUAAGAUUGCCAGCGAGGAAUUCUUUGGCACCUUCAACACGUUCCUGAUUCAGUUUUCGGAAUCCCAUGCCGAGAAUGUGGCCACGCGCAAGAGAAAGGAAGAGGAGGAGAAGAAGCUGCGUCAGCAGGAAGAGGCAAAGCAACGUGAGAAGGAUAUCAAGGCCAAGAGAAAGGCUCGCAAUGCCGCCAAAGCGGCUGGUGAGUUUGAUGACCUUGUGUCGGCGCUGCGCAGCGGGGAUCUCUAUGACAAGAAGGAUAGAAGCCAGGAAAAGAGAAGUGCCGCACCCCCGGUGGCACGCAAGUCAGUUUCUGGACGCAACCGUAUCGAUUCGGAUACCAGGGAACGCCGCUGAUUCUCCCAAGGUGUGUUCGCCCGCAACUGGCCGAGUAGGUGGAUGUUCUGUGUGUUGUAUGAGCUACUGUACGCCUUUGUCACUACCAGACAGUAGCAAGUAACAGUUUGUACAUAGUACUAGUAACUACCGUGUUGCAUCUAUGACCUCGACAUGCAAUGGGUUGAGCAGCCCAGGGAUGCGAAGUCGAGUUUCCCGAGAGAUCCUGCUCUCGCCUUUCCAGUCGGACCUAACGUUAGCAAGGGUGCUACAGCUGCAUGACAAUGGCCACUGGCCCGUGUUGUAAUCGUCCACCUGCCGGAAUCAAAAUCUACCCGAGAUGCUGAAGAUCAAUCACACCAGCAUCUUACUUGAGAGUGAUACCGGUGAUAACCUACAUGCGCAAGCUAUCCGCGCCCAUCCCGCAGUUCCUCUCCAGACCAACCACCCCGAUGUACAUCAAUGCUUCCUUCUAUUGUGAGUGCACACUAAUUUUCCUUUCCCCCUUCUCUUGAUAUUGCACACAAGCUAGACUGAUCUGGUGCACUGCUAAUGCUGAAUGUCACUACUAUCACUCUGCUGCUCUGGCAGGUCCAGCCUAGGCAGUGCCGCAUGCAGUGGACUGGUGGUGUACGGCUUUCAGUGUUGGCCGCUGACAUUCACACCCACUGUUGUUUGACGACGUUACUGAUUUUACUUUAGGGAGUAUGAUCAUUUCUAUCGGUUCUCUUUAUCAUAGUUUAUCAUUCUAUUCCACUAACUUUCUCUCGAGUCUCCCCCCCCCCCCACACACACACAAAUCAGCACACUAUUAAAUUGGUUUGCAGAUGGCAUGAAAUAUUUGGCUACCGGAUGUAAAGGUAACAGACUAGUAAUGGAAUACGCAUUGUGCUGCUCUGCGCUCUGGAAUCAGAUUCAAAUGCUAUUCUUUAUUGCUGCACCCUAUUAGCCAGAGAACGAGAGAGACUAUUCUUGGCGACCAUGUGCCUAGCUCAUUGCCGGACCAUGAGCCAUGAGCCAGGACUGUUCCAUGCUAAGCCGCUCGCUGCCUGCAUCACGGUUUGCUUUAAGAGGUGCAGCACUGAGUUUGAAUCCUGUGUGCAAGGGACAGCCACUGACUUGUAUUUCCCUCCAGCUCAGUGACAGUGCAGACAAUAUUUUGUCUAGUCAUGCCUCGGCGGCUCUGCUUCAAGUAUGAUAUGCAUGCAAGUAUGAUGAUGAUGAUGAUGAUGAUGAUGAUGCAACACAUGCAGAACUAUUAUGGCCCAACACACUACUUCAGAGUUCCAAACAUUAAUGUGCCAGCUCUGUCACAGUGAACGAUGCAUUUGGCUUCUGUCCUGCUUUCCGCAAUGGGCCCAGCUUGACUCAAGUUGCCUGUUCAUGAUGAUAUUCAGUUUUGUUGCUGCCACUUAUGUCAUUGUGUGCUACAUUGUUCAGGAAUGCUGACAUUAUCAUGCUUGCUUUUUUUCUUGGAUUUUUUCCUCUACACUUCUGUUUGGUACAGUGGCACGUGUACAUAACAGUUGUUUUAACAGUGUUUGGUACAGUGGCACGUGUACAUAACAGUGACAGCCAUACAAUCAUGAUGAUGAUAGAUGAUAUCACUGAGGCCAUAGUCCCCCGGCCGUUAUCUCACUAUACGUAUUACUUCAAGUACAUGUACAUCAUGGCCUGUGAGUCGUGUGACUCAUAGUCAGUCUGCAACUUGAUGUACAAUGACGGUACAUAGUGGAUCGCGCUAUGCUGCGGCUUAUGCUUUGAUCAUUACUGAUAUGAAUACAAUGUACUAGUAGCUUCACCUUGAA